AUGGACGGCAGUGGUUAUGGAGCGGCAGCGCAAGACAUCAAAUCCGUGGCAACAAUCGACCCUGACACCGGCUUGAUCACGAACAUUGAUAAGGUCCGAGAAGCAGAGUACCCGUCUCUCGCCAGCACCACCUACCUUGAUCAUGCAGGGACAACAUUAUACGCGAAAAGUCUCAUCGACGCGUAUUCCAGAGAGUUGACACAGAAUCUAUUUGGGAAUCCUCAUUCGGCCUCGGCCUCGUCGCAGUUGUCGUCGCGUCGAAUCGACGAUGUUCGGCUACAGGUUUUGCGGUUUUUCAGCGCCGACCCUGAUUCUUUUGACGUGGUUUUUGUUGCCAACGCCACUGCAGCCAUCAAGCUUGUGGCUGAUGCUUUUCGUGAUAACGACAAUGGCUUUAGAUAUCAAUAUCAUAUCGACUCACACACCAGCCUUAUAGGUGUCAGAGAGCUUGCAUCAAGAAGCAGCACGUGUCUCAAUGGUGACGGCGAGGUUGAGGAUUGGUUGUCGGGGCUUGAGCAUCCAAAUGCCAACAGCAACGGGGACUUGUCGCUGUUUGCAUAUCCCGCUCAAUCAAACAUGACUGGUCGGCGCUUGCCACUCCAAUGGAAUCAAAGAAUAUUACAUGCGCGAAAGUCCUACAGUCAGCCUGUCUACACUCUCCUCGAUGCAGCCGCUCUGGUGUCGACCGCAGCACUCGAUCUCUCCGACGCUUCCACCGCUCCCGAUUUUACGGCGGUCAGCUUCUACAAAAUAUUCGGAUUUCCACCUUUGGGUGCGCUCAUAGUCCGAAAGGAUUCUGCAAAAGUCCUCCUGCAGCGACGUUACUUCGGUGGCGGUACCGUGGACAUGGUCACAGUAUCUGGUGAUGCUUGGCAUGCAACUAAGGAGACAUCGCUGCAUAGUCGGCUCGAGGAUGGAACGCUUCCAUUUACCAACAUCGUCGCUUUACAAUUGGCUAUGGAACAGCACAAAAGACUCUAUGGCUCUAUGUCCAGGGUCUCGAGACACGCGAGCUAUCUUGCAGACACGUUACGUGCACAAUUACGUGAUCUACGCCACGCCAAUGGGCAUCAACUCUGUACCAUAUACAACAAUGGACUCCUUCAGGACGCGAGACAAGGGCCUGUCAUUGCUUUCAACCUCAGAGACUCGGAUGGAAAAUAUAUCAGCAAUUCCGAGGUCGAGAAGCUCGGAAUCGUCAAGAAUAUUCAGUUUAGGACUGGCCAACUCUGCAACCCUGGAGGGGUGGCAACUCAUAUUGGUCUCUCGCCGGACGAGCUGCGUCGGAAUUAUGCAGCCGGGCACAGGUGUGGUGAUGACAACGAUGUCCUUCAGGGUAAACCAACGGGUGUCAUUCGAGUCAGUCUAGGGGCCAUGAGCAGCCCCAAGGAUGUAACGGACUUCGUUGACCUUUUGAAAGAGUUCUACGUUGAUCUGAAUCCAAUUCAAUCAAGCACGACAGAGCCGGUGGGAAAUCUGUCAGCAGCUCCGCAGGUCAACAAAUUCAUCGUGGAAAGUCUGGCGGUUUUUCCCAUCAAGAGCUGUGCCGCCUACAAAAUCCCGCCGGGCGUGUCUUGGGAUGUUGGUGUGAAAGGCCUGGCAUGGGAUAGAGAAUGGUGUCUCGUACACCAAGGGACAAAUAUUGCUAUGAGUCAGAAACGUUUUCCGCGUAUGGCUCUUGUACGACCAGAGGUCGACCUGCAGAGGUAUGUGCUCAGGCUUACGGCUGAGCUGGACUCUACCAGAGUUCGAAAGCUUGAAGUGAGUCUGGAUUCAAAACCAAGAUCGAUGUCCUCGAUCAAUACGUGUGAGAGCACGACCAACAAGUCGUCGAACGUGUGCGGUGAAGAUGUCGAUGUACACGUCUAUACAUCUCCUGAAGUGGCAGGCUUCUUCACGGACGUGUUAGGUGUCCCGUGCACAUUGGCACGUUUUCCAGGUCACGGCACGAUUCGACAAGUCAGAGUACGUAUACCUGGCACGGGCAAGGACGCCACGAAGGUCGGAAGAUCAAUCGCACUCGCCAAUGAGAGCCCAAUCCUCUUGGUCUCGCGGUCAAGCGUGAAUCGUCUCAACGAGCAGAUCAAGCACAAUGGCGGUGUUGGCAAAGCAGUGGCUGCCGACUCGUUUCGAGGGAACAUUGUGAUUGCCGAGGAUCCGGGUGCAGGGCAAUUCGAAAACCCAUACGCUGAAGAUGACUGGACCGGUCUACAGAUCGGGGAUGAAGUUAAUAACACGUUUGAGAUGUUAGGACCAUGUCAACGAUGUCAGAUGGUAUGCGUCGAUCAGAAAAGUGCAAAACGAAGGCAGGAGCCAUUCAGCACUCUCGCAAAGACACGGAGGAAAGAUGGAAGAGUCUGGUUUGGCAUGCAUAUGUGCUUAGGGUUACAAGAGAUGACUGCCAUCAGCAUCCAGGUUGGUGAUCGUGUAACGCCGUACUUUGGUUUAUGA